AUGCAACACCUACCUGAUCAUCGUAUCAGAAUCAUUCGCAUUGAUAAUGCAAUGGAAUUUCGAAGUAAUGCUUUUUCGAAGUAUUGUGAAGCCAACGGAAUUACCGUAUCAUACUCAGUACCAUAUGAACACGAAACCAAUGGCAUAGCGGAGGCGUAUGUUAAGAAAAUAACGUAUGUCCAACGCACCAUUCUCGUUGCUUCAAACCUGGGAACCGAUGCUUGGGCUCUCGCGUAUCUUCAUGCAAAUGCGUUAUUAGAAGUUUGGCCACAUACGGCACUACACUACUUGACCCCUCAUGAAACUUUCUUUGGUGAGAAGCCGUCUCUUCUACAUUUCCGACCAUUCGGAUGUGAAGUUUACGUGUUAGUACCACCAGAGUUACGUACAAAGUUGGAUGAUCGUUCUAAGCGAUCAAUAUAUAUCGGCUUCAUAUCACGAUCGGUGGUCAAAGUCAUUGACAUUCACACCAAUCGACUGAUUGCUGCUCGAUUCCAACAUUGCACAUUCAAUGAGGACGUGUUUCCAAAAUUGGAUCAAUCUUUAACUGCAGUUCAAGUGGAUAUCACUGAUCAAUUUGAUGAACAAUAUGCGAGUUUAUUGAUUACAAGUAUGUUAGAACAACGAUAUUCUAUGACAAGAAACAAUGCUGAUAUUGUUCAGAGGCAUCAACCUUCAACGAACGCAAGUGAAAAUGUUUCCGUCAGCAACAAAAGAAAAUGGCCUCAAGUUGAUCAUAGUGUUUCUACUACGCCUUCUCAGAACAAUAGCAAAGGCGCUACAGUAUCUGUUGCAGGGGAGGUGAACCCGUCACGGAUUUCACCAUCAAAGUCAAUUUUGAACUCAUCACCGACAGUGAUUGAUGCUUCAGACGAUGAUGUCCAUCCCCGCAAGGUACCGAUUAAGACACCUAAACACGUGAAACACAGCCAAAUCAUUCCCCCCGAAAACUAUACCGCUCCGCGGGAUGUUGCGGCAGUUGAUAUUAACUUGCCAAGAACACGUAGUGGGAAAACAAAAUCAAACUUCAUCGACAUUGCAGAUUUUGCAGAUGACAUUACUAUCGACAUGGUUGAUAAUUUUUCGAUCAUGAUUGCUGGUGAAGUGAUACCCAAGAAUGUUGCUGAAGCCCAGAAACUACCGAAUUGGAAAGUCUGGCGCGAUGCAAUUCACGCCGAAUAUCAAUCUCUCGAUGAGAGGGGCGUGUUUAGUUCUGUUAUGGAACUGCCGACUGGGAAGACACUUAUUGGCAAUCGAUUGAUUCUUACAAUAAAAACUGAACCAUCAAAAAGAUACAAAGCACGAUUAGUGGCCCAAGGGUUUAGUCAAAAAUAUGGUCAAGAUUACACCUCGACGUAUUCACCAGUUCUUGACAUUGCCACCUAUCGAUAUUUGAUAGGCAUUGCCACACAAAAAGACUGGGCGAUCCACGCGAUGGACGUACAAACGGCGUAUCUAUACGGCGAUUUGCUGGAAGAUAUCUAUAUGAAAGUACCAGAUGGUCUUCAUACGCCUGAUCAUAUUAGACAACCUUGUGUAAAGUUGCAGAAGUCGUUAUAUGGACUUAAACAGUCUGGACGACAAUGGUAUUCAAAGUACGCUGAAGUGUUGAAAUCCGAAGGAUUUACAAAUUGUGUAGAAGCUCCAAGUGUAUUUUUUCAAAAUACGGAGCACGGACCGUCUAUCACGUCGAUUUACGUGGAUGACACCAAUAUUAUGGGUCCGACACAAGCCAUUUCACAUACCAAGCAACUGCUGAAAAACCACUUUGCAAUGAAAGACUUCAAUACUGUUACCGCCUGCAUUGGCGUGGAAAUUAUCCACACAAGUAGCGGCACAUUCAUUCAUCAAUCGAAAAUGGUGUCCAAAAUAUUGGAAAUCGUCAAUCUCGAGUAUACUACUCCAUGUGAUACACCAUUGCAAGUUAGAAAUGUCUUAUAUGGACAUGAUAUCUAUCGAGCACUUAAAGAUGAUGAAGAAGUUUGGCCGUAUAACACCGCCUACCGAUCUUACAUCGGCAUGUUAUCAUACUUGGCAAAUACCACCCGUCCAGACAUUAGUUUCUCAGUGAGUUUACUCGCUAGAUUCACGUCAAGGCCUGGUUUAAGACACUACAACGCAAUCAAGCAAGUCUGCCAAUACUUGAAGAAAACCCACGAUUAUGGGCUAUUUUACAAGAAGAACGAUAAUGCUUUGCCACAUAUUCAAGUGUAUGCCGAUGCCGGACAUCGAUCAGAUUCACGGAACGCAAAAAGUCAGACAGGCUAUGUUUGUCUGAUUAAUGGAACUGCCUUUCAUUGGCGUUCUAUUAAACAAACGCUUAGUGCUACAUCCUCAUUUGAAUCGGAAUUGAUUGCUUUAUAUGAAGCUUCUCGUGAAAUUCCGUGGCUGGUGAACUUUACCAAAGCCAUGGAGAACACCUUGAAAAUUCCGCUCAUGGAAACGCCAAUUACGGUGUAUGAAGAUAAUUUGGCAGCUAUGAAUCAAGUUAAAGAUGGCUAUAUACGUUCAAAUUCGAACAAGCACAUCGAUCCCAAGGUGUAUCGUACAAGAGACCUAAUCGAGGACAAAAUGAUUGUCCUUGAACAUGUGUCUGGUGAUGAAAAUCCAGCGGAUUUGCUGACGAAAACAUUGCCUGCAAAUUUGCACUUUAAGUAUAUGAGAUACAUGGGGCUUGUCAGCCAAAGAUCACUAAGUCGUUCAACAAAGUGA